CGUGACAAGAACUGUAGACAUAUUUGUGUCUUCUCCAUCUGCUCAGCUUCAGAUAAAGGAGAUUUACUGAGGAAAAUGAUGAGAAUUAUUCUAGGUUUAGUCGUAAGCUUGUUUUUGCAGAAUGGCAGAGCCACACCUGAAGCAGCAGCAGGGUGUUCAGACCCGGCUAUGGUGAGGGCAGCUGAGGAGGCUUUAGAUCAAAUCAACGACCACAGAGACGAGGGAUACGUCUUCUCCCUGAACAGACUGUAUGAUGUCAGGCAGGAGGCAAAGGAGGGCGGUGUAGAAAUGAUAACGCUGAUGAUAGAUGUGCUGGAGACAAAAUGUCACGUGAUCAGCAGAAGGAACUGGAAGUCAUGUGAAGUAAAGGAAGUUGGGGAUGUGCCGGUUUUUGGAAAGUGUGAAGCAUCCAUCAGCAUUCAAACCACUCUUACCCUGCAUAACUUUAACUGCACAAUCCAGCAAGUUCCUGCUGUUGCCAUUGUUGAAGCAUGUCCAGACUGUCCGACAGCAGAGCGGCUGAAUGAACCGAUUAUAAUCGAGACAGCAAAUCUUUCCCUACAGAAAUUCAACAAAGAGACGAAUCUGCCCAAUCUCUUCACCCUCCUCAACAUAACAUCAGCUAGCAUGCAGUGGGUUGUUGGGCCAGCUUAUUUUGUGGAAUUCACCAUCCAGGAGACAGACUGUGCCAAAGCCUCAACCGACGUUGAUUUUUCUCAGUGUCGCCUGAAAAACGGUGCAUCUCAGAAAGGCUUUUGUUCCGGCUCUCAUACUACCACUGAUGAUGGCCCUGAGAUAAAGAUCCCCAUAGAGGUCAACUGUUCCAUCUAUAAACAAACAUCUGAAGAUGAGAAGGAGAAAUCCAAGGAUGCAGCAAAUCACAGAACAACUGAUAAAACCCCAACCACCCAAACCCCCACCGGAUCAGUACAGAUUCUGCCCCCUCCACCCGUCCCAAUCCCACCCAGAGCCAUGGCUACCGCCAAAAACUGCCCAGGACAAAAGAGACACAACCUCGGACUGAGAACAGUGAAGCUGUGAGCUAACUGAGUGUUAAAAGUGUAGUCUGGAUGUCGAAAAGCACUGUAUCCACUGUCAUAUCGCUUAAAGAAUAAUAAAAGUUUGUAUAGUUGUA